ACUUAUAUACUUAAAAGAGAGAUUAAAAUUGAAUAAUAGCUAAGCUGAGCUAAAGGGCUAAAAACACACCAAUUUGAACGAAAAGGAAAAAGGUCCAAACUACGACAAGAACAUACCCAAAAACAUAGCCCCAAAAUGGCGACGCCACCGGGGGCGGCAGGGGGAAACUUUGAAGCACCACCACCACCUCCGAUGCAACCUCCCGGAACGGACAUGACAGGUAUAUGUUUCAGAGACCAAUUAUGGCUAAACACGUACCCGCUUGAUCGAAACCUGGUUUUCGAUUACUUUGCCCUAUCUCCAUUGUAUGAUUGGACCUGCAACAAUGAGCAGCUUAGGAUGCGAUCCAUUCACCCUCUUGAUCUCUCUCAACUUUCGAAAAUGACUGGGAUGGAGUAUAUGCUUAGUGAAGUUAUGGAACCACAUCUCUUUGUUAUUCGUAAACAAAAGAGGGACAGUGCGGAGAAAGUCACGCCGAUGCUAGCAUAUUAUAUUUUGGAUGGUUCGAUAUAUCAAGCACCGCAGCUUUGCAAUGUCUUUGCAGCUCGAGUUGGACGUGCUCUCUAUUAUAUAUUGAAAGCUUUUACGACUGCUGCAUCAAAACUGGAGAAAAUCGGAUAUGUUGACACCGAAAACGAAAGCGAAACUGUUGAACCAAAGGGCGGUAAAGAGGCAAUCGACUUCAAGGAAGUUAAACGUGUGGAUCAUAUUCUUGCUUCCUUGCAGCGAAAGUUACCACCAGCGCCUCUGCCACCCCCGUUUCCCGAUGGCUUUGUUCCGCCUUCAACAGCAGAAGUAGAGAAAGAUCCCGAGAACCAGCAAAUAGCAGAGCCUCAACCUUCUGCUGUUGAUCCCAUCAUUGAUCAAGGUCCAGCUAAGAGAAUGAAAUUUUGAGGCCAUUGUUUUUCUCCCAUUUAAAUGGAGCAUUUACAACUUAUUAGCUAACCGAAAAAUCUUGGUUCAGUUUAUUCAGUUUUGACAAUAAAUUUGGUUCGGUUUUAGAGACUUUGACCGAAUGCUCACCCUACCUUUUAGCCUUGUGUUACCCACAAGCUUUGUCAUCUAAUGUAAAUUAGCAUCUAAUGUAAAUUAGAUGAACUCUUAAACUCUUAAAGUGAUUCAAUUGAAAGUUUAAAGUGAUUCAAUUGAAGAAUAUAAACUAAAUUUGAUUAAGUUAAA